AAGUGAAGAUAUUUCCGAGGGAAUUGAAGAUACGUUACCACUUCAUUUCACACACACAUAAAAGGAAGGAAGCAAAAGCCAAAACGUUCUCUUAGCAUUAUCUGCUACAUCCGGGCAGCGACGAUUAGCAGAGAGCAGAAGCAUCAGGCAUGGCUUCUCUUCCGCUCAAAAGUCCAAAUUGCAGCAUUUUUUGUGAAAGGGGAAGUAUUUCUAUUAUGGGAGUUUCAGCUCUUCCAUUAUUGCAACAGCGGGUCAGAGCUGUAGGAGGAUUGAUGAGAGGAAGCAUUAUUUCUCAAAGUGCAUAUACAAAGGAAACUUCCACUUUUCCAAGAAAAGGAUCCAACAGCAUGAUACCAAAGAAAUUGGUGUUUACUCCCAGAAGCAGCGGUUCAUCAAACUCUGAUGGCAGUAAAGAUGACUCCACCAACCAGGACAAGGUACCUUUUGGAUACAAUAGGAAAGAUGUUCUACUGAUAGGAGUUGGAGUCACUGUUCUUGGCAUUGGAUUGAAAAGUGGACUGGAGUUUGUGGGUGUUGAUCCUCUACAAGCUGGAAAUGUUGUUCAGUUAGUGCUGGUUUUGGGCCUCACAAUUGGAUGGAUUUCUACGUACAUCUUUAGAGUCUCAAACAAGGAAAUGACAUAUGCACAGCAAUUACGUGACUAUGAAAAUAAAGUCAUGCAGAAGCGGUUGGAGGGCUUAACAGAAGCAGAGCUAGAAGUAUUGCUUGAGCAAGUUGAAGAAGAGAAGAGACGCUUAGUGAGUGGUGAACAGGUUAACUGAUUCUCAUUUACCUUAUCAUUUUCAUCCAUUAAAGUUUUCACAGUAAAUGAAGCCUAAAUUUCCUUGUAUAGAAUAGUUAGUUACACAAAGACAUUGUAGAGUUUGCCUCAUUUGUACCAACUGCACAGGAGGCACAUAUUGUUGAAUCCAUUUCUUUUAUCA